CUGCCUUCACCCUCUUGCCUUCUCCCCUUCUCCGCACUUCUUUCAUUUUCUCUGCCCCCCAGAGCGACCGUCUCCAGGUCUCCAUCUUCGCAGCCUUUCUCCUCCGGGUCCUGGCCUCCUACGAAGCCACACCCUUGCGGACCAGCGCCCUGGAGGAGUUUGAUAAUUGACUUAAGAUCAACAAAAGAAAAAAAGUGAGCUCGGAGACGCUGGCGCACAGGCUCGUCCGGCGGAGCUGAGAAGGGCUCCCGGCCCCGGGCCCCACCUGCCGGGACGCCCGGCCGGACCCCUGCCCGGGCCGCGGGGCGCACGGAGGGACGCGCCGGCGGCCGCAGGUUCAUGAGUGGCGUUUUGGACAGGGAGCCUGGUGUGGGAGCCCAGAGGCAGUUUGCUGAACUGCCGUCGUCCCAGCCCCACGAGCGUCCGGGAAGGUCUGUGGGUGCCGCCCCGUGCCAGCCCAGGGGAGGCAGCCCUGGAAGCCGUUCUCAAGAACUUUUGCCCCAGGUGUAAGACUCCAGCCCCGCAAAGAUGCUGAAACAGAUCCUGUCGGAGAUGUACAUAGAUCCUGAUCUGCUGGCAGAGCUGAACGAGGAACAGAAACAGAUCCUGUUCUUCAAGAUGAGGGAGGAGCAGAUCCGCCGCUGGAAAGAAAGAGAAGCAGCGAUGGAAAAACAGGAGUCCUUGCCAGUGAAACCCAGACCAAAGAAAGACAACAGCAAAUCCGUUCACUGGAAACUGGGAGCCGACAAGGAGGUCUGGGUCUGGGUGAUGGGCGAACACCACCUGGACAAACCCUACGAUGUGAUCUGUGAUGAGAUCCUCGCGGAGAGGGCGAGGCUGAAGGCCGAGCAGGAGACGGCGGAGCUCAGAAAAGCUCAGCCCGGAGAGCUCAGCAGCAGCUCGAAACCAAAGCCUCCAUCCUCCGAGGGGCGGGCGCCCGGGAACGUGGGGGAGAAGGCGGCGGAGGCGGGGACGCCGGGCCGAGGCUGCGGGCCAGCUGCGCCGCUGGCAGAGCAGAAAGCGCCCCUGUCCUCCAGCUCCUCAAGAAAUAUUCACCAAAUGUUGGCAGAUUCUGUCAGUCGUAUAAAGGAAUUCGGAUUUCACCAGAAGAAAGAAUCAGUGAAGAAAACACAAGAUGAAGAAAUAAAACAAAUAGAUGAAGAGAGAACCAAGCAGAUUUAUAAAAACUGGAAAGAAGAUUCGGAGUGGCAGGCCUCUUUGCGAAAAUCCAAAGCUGCUGAUGAGAAGCGGCGCUCCCUGGCCAAGCAGGCCCGGGAGGACUACAAGCGGCUGUCGCAGCGGGGGAGGAGUGGCAAGGGACAGCAGGGCCCCCCGGGCGGCCCCCAGAAACCCAGGAGGCCCCCGCUCCCGCCCAAGCCUCAGUUCCUGAGCCCAGCAGGACAGCCACACACACCUCUCAGGAAUGAGAGAGUGACGAGGCCGGCGUCCAGCCCAGCCCAGGAGGACAUCAGGCGCUGGUUCCGGGAGGAGCAGCUUCCUCUGCGGGCCGGCUACCUGGCGGACUCGGACAGCAUCGCCCCCUGGUUCCACGGAAUCCUCACGGUAAACAGAGCGAACGAGCUUCUGAGCACCUGCGUGCCGGGUAGCUUUCUGAUCCGGGUCAACGAGAAGAUCAAGGGCUACGCCCUGUCCUACCAGUCCGAGGACGGCUGCAGACACUUCCUCAUAGAUGCCUCCUCGGACUCAUACGGCUUCCUGGGCGUGGACCAGCAGCAGCACGCCAGCCUGGCCGAGCUGGUGGAGUACCAUAAGGAGGAGCCCAUCACCUCCCUGGGGAAGGAGCGCCUUCUCUACCCGUGCGGUCAGCAGCAAGAGCCGCCCGACUACCUGGAGCUGUUUGAGUGAUAGCCCUGCAGCCAGCAGACCCCACGGCCGUGGACACACGUGAGAAGCCACCGCAAGCCCACCCCGACCAAGUGAAAGGGCCCUUGAGGUUCCCUAAAGAUCGCUGCACGCAGGCUGGAGUUUCACGCCAGGAGGGAAUUGCCUCCUCCACGUUGUACAUGCCCCAGCAGUAAAGGGAGACGAACCCGCACUUCCACAGCUCCUAACGUGAAGGCUGCGACACUCACGACGUGUGAAACAAACCAAGAAACUGGCACCUUGUAGGAAUUAAGCGCAAGCGAAAUCGCUUCGGUCGUGUCCGACUCUUUGCGACCCCAUGGGCUGUAGCCUGCCAGGCUCCUCUGUCCAUGGGAUUCUCCAGGCGAAUACUGGAGUGAGUUGCCAUGCCCUUCUCCAGGGGAUCUUCCCCACCCAGGAAUCAAACCCGCAUCUCUUACAUCUUCGGCCUCAGCAGGCACGUUCUUUGCCACUAGCGCCACCUGGGAAGCUCAUCGGAAUCAAGGGACACCUCAAAGCCAGCCUCUCCCGCGGCCUCACGGGAAGGUCUCAGGCUCCAGGGUGUAAGACACAGGGAACAUGAGUUGGAGGUCGGGUGAGCUGAAUGGGGAGUUUGAAGGUGUCGGAAGAGGGGCUUCAGAUGCACAGAAAUACCCUGGACGAGGGCAGGAGGCGGGGGGCCGUGUGAGAGGUGGUUUCCCGGCUCUGGGGGAGCGGGCAGGGCUCCAGCCAGGACCACA